CGCGGCAUUCUGUCAGCAGUGAGCGACUCGUGUUGUCGAGACGGCGCGUGUGUGUGCGCGCGAGUGUGUGUUGAGCGAGGUCGCGGCCAGUCUGCGCGAGCCAUGGCGGGCUCGGCCCGUGUCGUGUGGCUGCUGCUGGCGCUCAACACGGCCGCAGCAAUGGAAGGAGACAGCUGCGUGACGCCGCACCAGCGGAUGGGCAGCUGUGUGCAGCUGGACACCUGCCGGCCGCUCAUGAUGCUUCUGGAGGGUCCCCGGCCACUGGACCCUCGUGCGGUGGACUUCCUCCGCAGGUCGCAGUGCGGCUUCGUGAGCAGGAUGCCCCUCGUGUGCUGCGCCCAGCCCACAACCCCCUCCACGACGACGCCCGGGCAGACGGCCCCACUCACCGACCCCCUGGUCGACGUGACGGGAGACGUGAAGCUGAGGCUGCUGCCGCUGGACAUCUGCAGUCCUCCGGCGCAGAACAGGAUCAUCGGCGGCAACAAGACCGCACUCUUCGAAUACCCCUGGAUGGCACUCUUGGCAUACGACACGUGGCGAGGAAUCCAGUUUCGCUGCGGCGGCACAGUGAUCAACAAGCGCUACAUCCUCACUGCAGCGCACUGCAUCACCAACCUGCCUCCCUCGCAGAAACUGGUGGGGGUUCGCCUGGGAGAGCACGACAUGAGCAAGGAGCUCGACUGCGUGGACGACCUGGAAGGCCAGAUAUGCGCGCCGCCCUACCAGAACUUCACGAUAGAGGAGGUCAUACCGCACCCGCAGUUCUCCAAGUCCAAGCUGCAGAACGACAUUGGGCUCAUCCGCUUGAGCCGAGAUGCAGACUUCUCCACAGAUUCUGUUAAGCCCAUAUGUCUUCCAAUUGGAGAACCUCAGCGGGAAACACUUGAAGGAAAGAAACUUAUCAUCACAGGUUGGGGUGCUACAGAAACAGGCCUGGCGAGCGACGUGCUGCUGUGGACCACGGUGGCGGUGGUGCCGCUCGACAAGUGCGCGGCCAUCUACCAGCGCGCCGUGCCCAUCUCCGAGGCGCAGAUCUGCGCCGGCGGCGCCGCCAGGGACUCGUGCGGCGGCGACUCCGGGGGCCCGCUCAUGUACGUGGGCGACGUGGACGGCGAGGUGCGGCGCAUGCAGUUCGGCGUCGUGUCGUUCGGGCCGAAGCGCUGCGGCACUGCGGGCCAGCCCGGCGUGUACACGCGCGUCGGCGCCUACAUGGACUGGAUCCUCGCGAGCAUGAGGCCGUGAUCUCACCACCUCGCCAGCUUCCACAUCACACCACCCCAAGUGUACACAGCAAGGGCAGUGAACCAUGGCAAACACUUGCUUCUGCAUGCCUCAUUACAACACGAGGUGCAACUUCACGGAUGAAGCCAUACUGCCCACAUGGACCUAAUCGUUAUGCAUAAGGAUCCAACAACUCCCUUGCUAGUGGUCUAGUGCCAGCUUUGUUAUUUUACGUCUGGACAAGCAAGCCUGUGAACAUGAGUAGGACCUCACAUAGGCUGGAUACUUUUUUUAAAAAAACUAUGGAUCCUUGCCCUCGCAUGAACUGCGGUGUGGCUGGUUCGCCAUGAGUCUGUGUGGAAAGUAUCCUCGCCUCUUCUUGCCAAAAGGUCCUAACACCAGCGUUAAAUUCCUAAGGCAUUGGACAGAUGGUAACGAUGGGCGCUAAGUAUUCACUUUCGGGCUGUCAUAUUCAAAUGCUGCACUUCAAUACGUUGUUAUUUUUGUGCUCGGAAAUAUAUAAUAAAGAGCAAAACGUUCUACUUUGAAAUAUAGAUAAUUUUAUCUCCAAAAAUAUUUUGCAUUCAAGAGAGCAUCUUAGGCAUUGCUGAGUAUCUCUAAAGAACUGAGAUAUGGAGGUUUUUUUAAAAUUAAAAUCAUGUGUUCGCAAGCAUGUAUGUAAAAAUUUGUGAUUUGUUUUUUAAUUAUUUUUACUUGUGUAUAGUUGACUGUAUCAAAUCUAUUAUGGUGCUGUGUUUAUUGAAACAUUGUUGUUUUCUUGUGAAGAUCUGCGAGAGUUUUAUUUGUUUUAAUAAAACAAUAAUUUUAUAAACUCAAAUGUUAUAGUAAGCAUAUUAUACACUUAAUAGAAACAAUAAAAAUUAUUCUUGCCUCAUAAUAAAAAA